GGGGGGAGGUCUGGAAACUUUCAGUUCCUCCCGACUCCGAAUCAGAAACGGUGUGAACGAGCGAGCCGGCCACUCCCAUUCGCGCGCGCUGCCCGGGACAGACCAACUUGUCCCCACACCGUGCGGGGCCAUCACCCGCGCCCUUCUCCAGGGCCACGGAGGGUAACCGGGAUCACGCAGAGCCCGCUGCAAAGCCUCGCCACACGUGCGGAAUACGACGUUUCAAAAUGCUGCAGAUUAUCUGGGUGAAUCUAGAGAUUAGAUUUAAUGUGCUUGUGUUUUUAGAAAUGCUGUUCCUGCAUUUCAUGAGAUAAAACACUUUACAAAAAUGAAAAAUUGGAGAUUAAUGAAGGUAAAUUUUUUACCAUGUCCGUACAUGUUAAUGAACUCUGAGAAGAACUUUUGAAGAAAGAAUAGAUUCGUCAUAAACACUGAUAUACACAGUAUUAUUGGCUCAGGAUGCUAUCCACAUGUUUUUUUGUUUAAAUAGAAAAAGACAUCUAAGUGAAGAUGAGUCUGUGUUUGAUAUAUAGUGUCUGGAGUUAAGUGAGAGAAGAAAUAUUUUUAAAGAUCUACCAACAGUAAUCUCUAUCUGAGACCAAGAUUUUCUCAAAAGAAAUAAAAUGAAGGACCUGUGUGAAAAAGUGGUAUUGAUUUAUUCCUCUGAAGGAGACGAUUUCAUGAUGAUUUAAGCCUCUACCAACAUCUGGAUGUGGUGCUAAAGGCAAGUCUUUGUCUUUGAUCAGCUGAUUGAAACUGUGGAAAGAGGACCUUUAAUUUAAAGUAACUUCUGGCUGAAAUUCUCUUGCUCAUCAGCUUGAACAGAAUGAAAGGGAAAAUGAACAUGACGUAUCAGUCAGGGGCCUCUUACUGAACUGAAAAAGGGAAACUUUAGGCUGUCCUUUAAACUGUAAAAUUAUAACAAACAUCCUGGUCAAAUAUUUUUUAAAAAAAGUUGACUACUAGGCAGAUCUCUACUGAAUUAAAGAAAGUCAGAUGUCAGCAAACGAUUCCUCUCCUCCAUCCUUACAGAAGUUUUCUCCUCCUGCAUCUCAUGCUGCUGCACCACCAACCCCUUCUCUGUCUUCAAGUCCCCAGUCGGGACUCUCCAACCGGCUGUCCAAUGGCAGCCUCAGUACACAGAGUCUCACCAACUCCAGGGGCUCUGUGCAUGGGGUCUCAUUCCUGCUGCAGAUCGGUCUCACUCGGGAGACUGUCACCAUUGAAGCUCAGGACUUGUCCCUCUCAUCUGUCAAAGACCUAGUCUGUUCUAUAGUUUACCAGAAGUUCCCAGAGUGUGGUUUCUUUGGCAUGUAUGACAAAAUUCUCCUCUUUCGCCAUGACCUGAACUCGGAAAAUAUUUUGCAGAGGAUUACAUCAGCAGAAGAGAUACAUGAAGGAGAUCUUGUUGAGGUUGUGCUUUCUGCUUUGGCUACAGUUGAAGAUUUCCAGAUUCGUCCUCAUGCACUUUAUGUGCAUUCUUACAAGGCUCCUACAUUUUGUGACUAUUGUGGGGAGAUGCUUUGGGGUUUGGUACGACAAGGAUUAAAAUGUGAAGGCUGUGGAUUAAACUACCAUAAGCGAUGUGCCUUCAAGAUCCCAAAUAACUGUAGUGGAGUGAGAAAGAGGCGUUUGUCAAAUGUGUCUUUACCAAGUGCUGGGCUUUCAGUUCCCAGACCAGUGCAAACUGAAUACACAGCCACUGCCACUGAAGAGCGCUGCCACCCAGAGCCCAGCAAGAGAAUUCCCUCCUGGAGUGGGCGUCCAAUCUGGAUGGAAAAGAUGGUGCUUUGCAGGGUGAAGGUUCCUCACACCUUUGCUGUCCAUUCCUAUACUCGUCCCACCAUAUGCCAGUACUGCAAACGUUUGCUCAAGGGCCUUUUUCGCCAAGGAAUGCAGUGUAAAGAUUGCAGAUUUAACUGUCACAAACGUUGUGCGUCUAAAGUACCUAGAGACUGUCUUGGAGAGGUGGUUUUCAAUGGAGAACCUUCUAGUCCAGGCCAAGAUUUGGACAUGCCAAUGGAAGUUGACAGCAAUGAAAUAAACAGUGAUGGUAGUCGGGGUUUGGAUGAUGUAGAAGAACCUUCUCCUCCAGAGGACAAAAUGUUCUUUAUGGACCCUUCUGAUCUUGAUGUGGACAAAGAUGAAGAAGCUGUCAAAACUAUCAGUCCAUCAACAAGCAAUAAUAUUCCACUAAUGAGGGUUGUACAGUCAAUCAAGCACACAAAGAGGAAGAGCAGUACAAUGGUGAAGGAAGGAUGGAUGGUUCACUAUACCAGCAGAGACAACCUGAGAAAGAGACAUUACUGGAGACUGGAUAGUAAAUGUCUUACGCUAUUUCAAAAUGAAUCUGGAACAAAAUAUUACAAGGAGAUUCCACUUUCAGAAAUUCUCCAGGUGAAUCAGCCUCGAGAUUUCUCAAACAUGGUGCAGGGCAGCAACCCACACUGUUUUGAGAUCAUCACUGACACCAUGGUAUACUUUGUUGGCGAAAAUAAUGGCAACAGCCAUCACAAUCCUGUUCUUGCUGCCACUGGAGUUGGAUUUGACGUAGUUCAAAGCUGGGAGAAAGCCAUCCGUCAGGCUUUGAUGCCAGUCACUCCUCAAGCUAGCGUGUGCACUGCAGCAGGACAAGGAAAAGAUCACAAGGAGUUAUCUCUCAGCAUCUCUGUUUCAAAUUGCCAGAUUCAGGAGAAUGUGGACAUCAGCUCUGUGUAUCAGAUCUUUGCUGAUGAGGUCCUAGGUUCGGGUCAGUUUGGCAUUGUAUAUGGAGGAAAACAUAGGAAGACUGGAAGGGAUGUGGCUAUUAAAGUCAUUGAUAAGAUGAGAUUCCCCACAAAACAGGAAAGUCAGCUUCGCAAUGAAGUUGCCAUUCUGCAGAAUUUGCACCACCCUGGGAUUGUAAACCUGGAAUGUAUGUUUGAAACCCCAGAACGGGUGUUUGUUGUGAUGGAAAAGUUGCAUGGAGAUAUGCUGGAGAUGAUUCUUUCUAGUGAGAAAAGUCGGCUGCCAGAACGAAUCACAAAGUUCAUGGUCACCCAGAUACUUGUUGCUUUGAGAAAUUUACACUUCAAGAACAUUGUGCACUGUGAUUUAAAACCAGAAAAUGUACUACUAGCAUCAGCAGAACCAUUCCCUCAGGUGAAGCUGUGUGACUUUGGUUUUGCGCGCAUCAUAGGCGAAAAGUCUUUCAGGCGCUCUGUGGUUGGAACCCCUGCCUACCUUGCUCCUGAGGUGCUCCGGAGUAAAGGUUACAAUCGCUCUCUGGAUAUGUGGUCAGUGGGAGUAAUUGUCUAUGUGAGCCUUAGUGGUACAUUCCCAUUUAAUGAGGAUGAAGAUAUAAAUGACCAAAUCCAAAAUGCAGCAUUUAUGUAUCCACCAAACCCCUGGAAGGAAAUUUCUAGUGAAGCCAUUGAUUUAAUAAAUAAUUUGCUUCAAGUGAAGAUGAGAAAGCGUUACAGUGUUGACAAAUCUCUUAGUCACCCCUGGCUACAGGAUUAUCAGACUUGGCUUGACCUUAGAGAGUUUGAAACUCGCAUUGGAGAGCGUUACAUUACCCAUGAGAGUGAUGAUGCUCGCUGGGAAGAACAUGCUUAUGAACACAACCUUGUGUACCCCAAACAUUUCAUUAUGGCCCCCAAUCCAGAUGAUAUGGAAGAAGACCCUUAAUAUUCACCAUGCUAACUUCAUUACAGAAGGGAGCUUCAGAUAGAAACUGAUGACGAUACUUUUCUGGACAGAUAUUGCUCUUUGAAUGUUGUUCAGAUGAUUCAAUCUACAAAACCAUGAAGGAUCCUGCACUGGCAGGUGGAUGAGCAAAAUGACCUAACAAGUUUUUCUUCAUCUCUAAUUUCUUGAACUAUGAAAUGUGAUCUGGCAAUGGGAUCAGCAACUUGGGUAACAUUUCACUAGCUGUAUGGUUACGGACGAUGUUACCGAGGUGUAAUGCAUACAGACUGAAUGCAUGGUGUGCGUUUUCUGUGUUUUUUUUGUAGCCUAUGCAAUAACGAAACAAUUUUUUUUUAUGGUUUCCUAGUCCCUUAUUUACUAAGCCAUAGAGUACUGUUUUCUGGUAUUUAGAUACAUUCCCACUUUCCUAGUUUGGACAUUGUGGAAAGAGGCUGUAAAAAGAAAUCAAAACCGUAUACCUUGACCAAAUCACAACAAAAAAUGCUGGAUUAAGACUAAUUUAAAAGACUGAAUGUUUGACAGGUAUGCUAAAACAAUCAAGGUAAAGGAACAUGCUCAUUUGCCGCUGUUUUAAGCAGUUGAACGCUUGACUUUCUUUGCCCUGGUAGAAUUGAAGGAUCUUUCUCCAGAUGUCUGAGAUAAAAUAGUAACACCGGAUUUCAUAUUUCUGUUGAAUGCUAACUGACAAUCAAAAAGCUGUGGUAGCCCUCAACAUUGUUUGUUACAAUAGAGCAAUAAACCACAACAGGGUGUGCAUUAAUAUGCAAGAUUGGGAUGUGUCUUUGGUGUGUACCAAAGGCGUUUUGUCUUAAAAUCACCAAAAUAGCACACAAAUAGCAUACACACUUUUAUGUAGCAUAUCCUUCCACUAUGGAAAAAUAGUUUCUAGCAGGAUAUGCAAAAUAGUAAAGUAAAGUAUAGACACUUUUCCUCUACUGAUUUGAAUAACUUUGAAAAAUAUAUUUUAUGUUGGUUUUAUGUUCCGUGGACUCAGCCUGUCUGCAGUAGUUUGUGGCCUGAUAGCAACUCCCGAUCCUCAUUUUCUAUUGAACAAACUAAAUUAGGAGUCCUGUUGAAAAAAUCAAAAUUGAGCAUGAGUUAAAGAGGCUGUUGCUCCACAAACUGUUGCCAACAGGGCAGCUGGAUUCAUGAACUAACAGGAGGAAGAGGCAUUGCCUCCUAUUUCAGCCUUCCAGUCUUUAACCUGCAAUUCCACCCCUUCCCCACGUCCUAAACUUUACAGAUUAUGAAACUGAAUUAGGCAUUCUAAAACAACUCUUAAUUUAGCUUCUUAACAGAAACUUCCAUUUAAACAUACCCUGCCACAUCUUGAGAACUGUGGCCAAAUGGAGAGGGAAGCAGAAGUUUCCUUCUGAAAUGAUAGUGCAGGAAGAUAGUUUGGCAGUUAAAGUCGGACAUGUUUCAGGAAGAAAGCCUUAUGUCCGCUAUAUUAAAUCGAGGCCUCCAUUUACUUAAAGUUGUGAGUUUCUGAUGAAAUUUCAGCCAUGUAUUAUUGGGAGUUGAUGCAAGGCUGUGCAUCUCCCAGAUAGGUCCAACUAGCUAAUAACUUGGCUUUGGGUAAUGUCCUUAUGUUUUUUUAAAAUGUAAAUUCUGUAGGUUUCAGCUGCAAAAG